AUGUCUGCUGGAGGAGAGAAAUCCAAGUCUGCUUCCCAGACUGAUGGGAAGGCAGCUCAGAACAAGAUAUCUGAAAUGGGCAUGAUGUCCUACAAGAUGUGCGUGUUUGACCAGGAGAACUUCCAGGGCCGCUGCAUUGAGAUCAGUGGCGAGUGUAUGAAUGUGUGUGACAUGGGAAUGGACAGAGUGCGAUCUCUGCGCGUUGACUGUGGACCCUUCGUGGGCUUUGAGCAGAUGAACUUCUGUGGAGAGAUGUUCAUCCUGGAGAAGGGCGAGUACCCCCGCUGGGACUCUUGGAGCAACUGCCAGAAGAAUGAUUACCUGCUGUCCUUCAGGCCUGUCCGAAUGGACCCUGAGAAGCACAAGAUUUGCUUGUAUGAGGUUGGAGAGUUCAAGGGUCGUAAGAUGGAGAUCAUGGAUGAUGACGUUCCCAGCCUGUUUUCGUAUGGUUUCACUGACAGAGUGGGCAGCAUCAUGGUCAGCUGUGGAACGUGGGUGGGUUACCAGUUCCCUGGCUAUCGGGGCAGCCAGUAUCUGCUGGAGAAGGGCGAUUAUAGGCAUUUCAAUGAGUUUGGCGCCCGCUGCCCCCAGAUGCAGUCCAUUAGGCGCAUCCGUGACAUGCAGUGGCACCCACAUGGCUGCUACACCAUGUCCUCCAAGUGA